AUGUCAGAGCUCUGUCCCCCAUGGGCGCCGUUCUUCGGCUUUGCCGGUGUAGCUAGCGCUAUGAUUUUUUCUACUGUUGGAGCAGCUUAUGGAACUUCAAAGGCUGGUAUCGGAAUUGCAGGUUUAGGUACAUUCAGACCUGAUUUGAUCAUGAAGUCUCUGAUACCCGUCGUCAUGUCCGGUAUUAUCGCUGUCUAUGGAUUAGUCGUGUCUGUAUUGAUUGCAGGUAACAUAUCGCCUACCGAGCCAUAUUCACUCUUUGCAGGGUUCAUCCACUUAGCCGCUGGUCUCGCUUGUGGGUUUACUGGUUUAGCAGCUGGUUAUGCUAUUGGUAUAGUCGGAGAUGCUUGUGUCCGAGCAUAUCUCUACGAAUCAAGAGUAUUCGUAUCAAUGGUCUUGAUCCUCAUUUUCGCUGAAGUCAUCGGUCUGUACGGCCUCAUUGUUGCCCUUAUCCUCAAUACUUCUGUAGGCGACGUGGUGUGUGGAGCGCCCUAA